UGAGCAGUAUAACYGAUAGGCUAAUGAAUCAAGACGAGCAUCCUAGUUAUUAUUCUACUAACAGUGAUCAAAUUAGCACUCAAUUUCACUCGUAUCAGCAUAAAACAACAAGUACGAUGGUAGACAUUCUUCCAAAAUCACCAACUGCAAGCUUUGAGCCUGAGUUUCAAUUCUUAAAUACUAGCACUAGAAACAGAUUGGUAGAUAAGAAUGGAGACUUGCGAGUUAAAUCAAUGAAAGUACCUCAAAGAACAAAGCUAUAUUUAGCUGAUUUAUUUACUACGGCUGUUGAUUUGCGAUGGAAGUGGGUGACAUUCAUAUUUUGUAUGUCUUAUAUAUUUUCCUGGAUUUUCUUUGGGACUUUGUGGUGGUUCAUGGUGCUGACAAGAGGAGAAGGAUUCUGUGUUUCCGGGAUGAAUGACUGGACCACAGCAUUCCUGUUCUCUAUUGAGACACAACAAACUAUAGGAUACGGAUCUCGUGCAAUAAGCCCCAAGUGUUUUGAAGGUAUCAUUGUAUUACAAAUCCAGUCUCUGAUAGGAGUACUUCUGGAUGCAUUUCUACUAGGACUUACAUUUGCUAAGAUUUCUCGCCCUAGAGAAAGAGCAAGGACUGUAAAGUUUUCCCAGCAUGCAACAAUAGCAUUACGUGACAACAAAAUGUGCUUAAUGUUUAGAGUUGGAGACAUUAGAAAAAGUCAAAUUGUCGAAGCUCACAUACGAGCACAGCUAUUUAGAAAACUCAAGACAACUGAGGGACAUGAGCUUCCAUUUUAUCAGCAAGACCUGCGUAUAUGUUAUGACUGGAGAUAUUGUGACUAUGAUGACAAUAGAUACCAGGUUUUUCUCAUGUUACCUUUAGUAAUAAUUCAUAUUAUUGAUGAAAAUAGUCCACUGUUUCACAUCACACCAGAGAAACUUCAGCAAGAGGAGUUUGAGAUUGUUGUUGUACUGGAUGGCAUGGUUGAGGCUACUGGACUUAAUACACAGCCAAAGUCAUCAUACUUGAACAAUGAGAUUUUGUGGGGCUAUGAUUUUGAGAAUGUGCUGGAGGAGAACCAGCAUAGCAAAGGUUUUUACUGGGUGGAUUUCUCUAAACUUGACAGARUAAAGAAAGUUGCAAUGCCAUCAUGUUCACCAAAGGAACAUUACCAACAACUGAAACUCAGAUCCAACAGUAGUGUGAACUCAGGAUUCAAUGAUCAUAGUACUUUACCUGGGGAAUAUAUCUGAUAAAUGGACAAAACAUAAUCCUUUUCAGACAAAAAGAUCAUAUUUUUACUGCUUUUACAAAAUGGUAUUAUUUAUAGACAUAAUUUCUUACUAGAGUGAUUUUCAUUAACCCGUGAAACAAAGUGUAAUAGUCAAAGUGUAAUAAAGUGUAAUAGCCAAGAAAUAUAAUAGAAAACAAAAGAGACAAAGUGUAAUAAA